UUGCCUCGGUCUGGGUGCGGCCUCAUGGGUAGCGUCGUGCUUUGCCUCUUGCUUUUCUGCAGCAGCAUGUUCUUUAGCGUUCAAAUCUUGCAAUUGCAAUAGUUCUAUUGCGACCAGAGUCGGUUAUGCGAUCGUUCUUCUUUUGAAUUCCAUGUUAGCAUGGAUAAUGUUAACAGAUUGGGCGAUCAAACAAUUAGAGAAGAUAACAUACGAUUACCUGAAAUUAGAUUGUGAAGAGGGAACUUGUUACGGAGUAUUAGCUGUCCAUCGUAUAUGCUUUGCUCUUUCAUUUUUCCACAUCAUAUUGGCACUAUCGGUUAUUGGGGUUAAUGAUACCCGUAGUAAAAGGGCCGCAAUACAAAACGGGUGGUGGGGCCCCAAAAUUUUAUUAUGGAUAUUUCUCGUUGUUGUUUCCUUUUUCAUCCCGAACCAAUUUUUCAUGUUUUGGGGGAAUUAUAUUGCCUUGAUUGGUGCAACAAUAUUUAUUCUGAUCGGCUUGGUGCUCUUGGUUGAUUUUGCUCAUAAUUGGAGCGAAGCCUGCAUUGAAAAAUGGCAAGAGUCGGACAACAACAAAUGGAAAUAUAUUCUCGUUGGAUCCACUAUGGCUAUGUAUAUUGGUGCGGUAACACUCACUGGAAUUAUGUAUGGAUUUUUUGCAGGAAACGGAUGUCAUCUUAAUCAAUUCUUUAUAACGUUUAACCUGGUCUUGGGCGUUAUCGGAACUGUUGCGUGUAUCAACCCACUUGUGCAAGAGGAAAAUCCUCGUUCAGGACUGUCUCAAGCUUCGAUGGUGAUUAUUUACUGUACCUAUCUUAUUUUGAGUGCGGUAGUAAAUGAACCGUCUGGAAUCGAAAACGAAUGCAACCCGUUGAAGAAAAGUUCUGGUACAAGGACAACUACGAUUGUCAUAGGAGCAUUGUUCACAUUUUUGGCGAUCGCAUACUCAACAUCGAGAGCUGCUUCUCAAGGCAAGGCAUUAAUAACUAAGUCGGAUUAUCAUCCUGUUAACACUGCCACUGCGAUACCUUUGACGACUAACUCGCUUAACGGACUCACUUCCAACAAGCGCUCCGAUGCGCUGUUGGCUGCUGUUGAAAGCGGGAAUAACGUCACGACUGAAACCACAGAAACCGAUGAGUUGGUCACUAUAGGACAAACCUUUACUGCGGUAUGGGUUAAGGUCGUUUCAAGUUGGGUUUGUUUUGCUUUAUAUUUAUGGACUCUCGCUGGCCCAGUAUUCAUGCCAAACCGAUUUGGAGUAAGUCGAAUAAGUUUUUUGUUAUGGCCAAUAUUUUUCUUCAACCCAUAUUGA